AUGGUGAGAAAGAGGGACCUCUUGAAAACUCUGGAGGGUUUGAGAGAUGAAGAAUUUGAGGACUUCAAGUGUCUCCUAAAGUAUGAAAGUCUGGCAGGACACCAAAGCAUCAAAGCAUCCCAGCUGAAGAACGCAGAGAGACGAGAAACUGUGGAUCUGAUGGUGAAGACCUACCAACUUCCUGGAGCUGUGGAGGUGACCAAGAAGCUUUUAAAGACGAUCAACAGGAAUGAUCUGCUGCAGAGUUUAUCAGACAUCAGCUCAGGACCAGAAGAGCAACAAGCUGCCAAACCAAGAGUCUGUGCUGGAACCAAACUGAAGGCCUGUCUGGUGUUUCUGGGGAUUUUGGUGUUUCUGGUGAUUCUGGUGUGUCGUGUCUUCAUCCCCUUGUUGGCAUCCAAAGACGGGACUGUGAUCAGCGUCCACCAUCCAUCACCAUAUAAUGAGACAACAACUGUGGCUCAGCUGGAGGAGACGCUCAGCACAAAGAUGAAGAAGCUGAUUGAGGCUGAGCUGAAGAGGGUCAAGCAUUAUGCAGUGAAUGUGACUCUUGAUCCUGAUACAGCACAUCCUAAUCUCAUCCUGUCUGCUGAUGGGAAACAAGUAAAUUAUGGUGAUGUGAAGAAGAAUCUCCCAGACAACCCAAAGAGAUUUACACGUUAUUUAAUUGUCUUAGGAAAGCAGAGUUUGUCUUCAGGCAGAUUUUACUUUGAGGUUCAGGUUAAAGAGAAGACUAAAUGGGAUUUAGGAGUGGCUAGAGAGUCGAUCAACAGGAAGGGAAACACCACACUGAGCCCUCAGGAUGGUUUCUGGACUAUAUGGUUGAGAAAUGGAAAUGAGUACAAAGCUCUUGCUGGCCCUUCAGUCUGUCUCUCACUGAAGUCUCAGCCUCAGAAGGUGGGGGUGUUUGUGGAUUAUGAGGAGGGUCUGGUCUCCUUUUAUGACGUAGAUGCUGCAGCUCUUAUCUACUCCUUUACUGGCUGCUCCUUCACUGAGAAACUCUACCCAUACUUCAGUCCCUCUAAUAAUGAUGGUGGUAAAAACUCCGCCCCUCUGAUCAUCUGUCCUGUCAAUCAAACUGCCUGAUCUAGUUUCUAUGAUCAGCAACUUAUUAAGCAGCACCAACAAUUAAUUUACUUCAUGUGUUAAUGACUGUUUUACAUCCUCUGUGUAAAUAUGC